UUUCAGAACUUUCAUUUGGUUUUAGCAAUUACGGAGAAAUAUGGUGCAGCUAACUCCAGAGGAAGAAUUAGAAAAACAAUAUCGAGACUAUAAAGCACAAUUUGAGCAAUGGAAAGAAAAGAAUAAGAAUUCAGUGGGUACAGAAGCUUAUGAUGCAUAUGUGAAACAAUUUGAAGCUUGGGAACGAGAUGUUGAUCAGCGGCGUGAAAUGAUACGUGCAAAGGCAGAAAUUGAUGCGCAAGAAGCACAGGCUGCUGCACAAGCUAAAGCGAAAGCAGCAGCUGAAGCAAAACUGAAGAAAGAACAAGAAGCCGAAGAGGAACGAAAGAAGCAACAACUAGAAGCUGAAACAGCUGCACAAGCAGUAGCUUAUGCACAACAUCAACAAUCAUAUCUUGCACAUCAUCAAUCAGCGAUGCAGCUCGAACAGCAAAUGCAUCAGGCAACGGUAGCAAGUUCGCAAGAAGCUGUGUCGAUACAUACAGCAGAAUCGAAAAGUGUUGAUGAAGCCUUAGAUCCGACACAUGUCGCGGAAAUGAUGAAACACAUGGCACAGGUCGCGCAAAUGGUUAUGGGUGAUCAGCGAGAUAGUAAUAACUGUGUAUAUCAGCAAGCAGCUCAACAGGCAACUGUAGUAGCGCAACAAGUAGUACCACCUCCACAGUUAUGGGGUAGUGAUCGAAUAACCUAUGAUACAAACGAUCCAAUGUAUAAAAGAUGGGGUCCGCGAGCAGCUCCGCCUUACCACAAGCCAACUUACAAACCGCCGCCCGCGGAUUAUCAAGUAACACCGUGUUGGUUGUAUGUAGAACAGAUGAAGGAAGAGAAGCUUAUGCUUGCGCCGCAAGUCAACAUGCCACCUCCACCAUUUGUACCUAACUUUGUUCAAUCAUAGAUUUAAAUCAUCAUGCCAAGUUUUGCUUAAGUAUGCAUAUCAUGAAAAUUUUCUAAGACUAGUAGAUCGAGUAGGAGCAUAUUCUGGAAUAGAGUCAUCCUAUUUUAAAAAUGUGAAAAUAAUUGUUUCUGUUUGUUUUUUUGAUUGUUUCUUUUGUACUUUUUUUGAAUUGUUUGUUAUUUUUUGCAAUCUUACCGAUACUAAAAUGCAUCCACAAACUAGUUGCAAUACCGGAAGAAAGCAUACUGUGUGAUGUUUGUUUCUCAACUAUAUAUUUCAAUCCACAUGCUCUUUCUGGUUUCAUUAGAUUUUGUUCAGAUAUCAAAAGUUCGUACCUAUUUUUUUUGCUCGUAAUAGUUGGUCAGAAGUCAUUUUCUGUACGAAUGGCUACUCAUACUGCAUUAUAUUGAAUUUUUUCACAAAUAUUAAAAUCUAUA